AUGUUUGGGGCUCCGUCGAGUAUUCAGGAACAUCCUAACGAAGGGCGCUACUCUGCCGAGGGAGGCGUGGCCAGUGAGGAUGGCCGAACUGGCUCGACGAGUGAUGCUGCCGCUGCUUCAGCCUCCAUAACCAUAGGAUCGGCACCUGCUUUUGGCGAAGGCAAUGCCUUACUUACUCAGGCACCGACCAAGGAUGUGAAUAAGAAGAGGAAGCCCAAGAAUAACAUGACCAAGAGCAAUUCCUCAUUCAUUUCACGUGUCAUUGUUAACGAAAGCCUCUCCAAGAAGCUUACAGAGCGACCAAACGAUGGUAUUUUUGCAUUUGCUAAUAUUAACCGUGCCUUCCAAUGGCUUGACAUGUCAUCCUCUACAAAAGGGGCUAUCAACGGCACGCCAGUGGCAGCAAUCCGAUGGAUCCCAGGAUCUGAAAACCUAUUCUUGGCUGCUCACAUGGAUGGGUCGCUCGUGGUUUACGAUAAGGAGAAAGAAGAUGCUCAGUUCAAUCCAGAAGAGGAGGCAGUGAACGGAAUGGCGAACGGGGCCAGUGGCGAGUCGCUAGACGCCAACAACAUGGGAACCCAUCACAAUACCAUUCGUAUCAACAAAUCUGUUCACUCCAAAAACCAAAAGGUUAAUCCAGUGGCCGCUUGGAAGCUGUCCAACCAUCGAAUCAAUGCUUUCUCAUUCUCACCAGAUAACCGACACUUGGCUGUUGUCUCAGAGGAUGGAGAAGAUGGACGCCUGUGUCUGUGGGACUUUAGUGUUGGCAUGCUUCACCGACCCAAAGCGCAAUCUGUACGCCAUCGCGGCUCUGUUUCGUCGCGUUAUACAGCCUUGCAGAGGGCUGAGACAGCGACAUCUAACUCGCGCCUGCGAUCUAAUUCUAACCUUGAUACCGAAGAUGAAGAGAUGGCCAUCGCACACCCUGUUGAGCCACGAGCUAGAAUUCCAAUGCUUCCCCCGGUUCUUAACAAAUCAAUCGACACGCACCCAGUGUGUUGGUUGGACUUUACAGAAGAUGCUAUCAUCACAAGCUGCAAGUCCGGACAUAUGAGAACGUGGUUGCGGCCUGGAUCGGAGCUUGCGGCACAGACCAAGGGAGCAGAAGCCCCGGAAGCGGCGUCAUGA